AUGCCUCAAACAAACAUACCAGUGACUCAGCCUCAACAAUUUGCUUAUUCUCAGUCCCAGAUUCCACCGGUGCAUCUACUGCCGACGCAGCCUUCUGGUCAGACCGAAUACAUGCAGCACAUGACAAUUAUACAGUCUCAAGGAGCUAUUCAGCAGGCUGCUGCGGGCUCUGUUCCAAGUACUGUGGCUUCCAGCCUUCCUGUGGGGCAGGUGGCUGGCCAGAACCCCUCACCUGUGGGCGCGCCAGCCAUGGGGGUGUCGGCGCAGCCUGGCGAAGCGGUCGGACAGGGCUCGGGAUUAAUGCAGGGUGGGCAGACACAAGCUGGCCAGGCUGCUGUUCCGCAGGCCGGAGGUGUGGUGCAGCAGGGCAUUGGGCAGGCAGGGGUUGUGCAACAGAAAUCUGUGACUCAGCAUCCAAUGGGUGGAAGCAGUCAAGUGUCCGGGAUGCCUGGUGCUGCCCACGCCGUGGUCUCUGGAGUUCAGAAUGUGCCUGCGGUUGUGCCUGGUGUGUCCACCACCACCUCUGUCACUAUGCCAAACGUCCCUGUGUCGCUGGGCCAGUCGCAGCUGCCCAGCCACUCUGCUGGCAGCAGGAGCACCGGUGGGGUCCAGCAGCACGUGGGACACUCACUGAUGCAGGGCACGUCCAGCGGACCUGCUAAUCUGCCACAGUCAAACCUGGGGCAGUUUCAGACUCAAGCUCAGUCCUUAGUAGGCCAGAUUGAUGAUACUAGAAGAAAAUCGGAACCCCUACCUCAGCCACCAGUUUCUCUUACAGCUGAAAAUAAACCUCUUGUGAAGCCUCCCAUUCCAGACACUCUAGCAAAUCCUCUUCAGUUACCUGCAAGUACUCCUAUGAACAGUUUUGCCAGCUCUGUGUUUGGCAUAUCUAUUCCUGUUGAUGGUGAUGAAGACAGUGCUUCUGGUGCAAGUGUUGUUGCCAUUGACAACAAAAUAGAACAGGCAAUGGAUCUAGUGAAAAGCCAUUUGAUGUAUGCAGUGAGAGAAGAGGUGGAAGUCCUGAAGGAACAAAUAAAAGAAUUAGUAGAAAGAAACUCUUUACUUGAACGAGAAAACGCACUGUUGAAAUCUCUUUCAAACAAUGAUCAGUUGUCCCAGCUCUCAGCCCAACAGGCCAACCCCAGUAGCACUUCCCAGGCAGCGCUGGCGCAGCCGCCCCAGCCGGCGCAGCCUCCGCAGCAGCCGAAUGUCUCCUCAGCCUGAAGCUGUUCUGCCUCCUUGGGAAACACCCCCGAGCAGCCUGUCCUCGCCGGCGUCCUUCCCGCUGCCCUGAGAGCAAGUAGCCAUGCUUCUGUUGUGUGUUUGGCCUUUUCAGUAUUAGACAAUCACUCUACCAGAGCUGUCC